UUCAAACUCAUGCAUAAGCUUUGAUUUAGCUCUGGCUCUAUGUUCAGGGUCAGUGUCCUGCUAGACGUUGAACCUCCAGCCCAGGCUGAAGUUGUUUGCAGGUUUUCUUGCCCAGUUUUUAUCCCAUUACCUCUGACCAGUUUUCUCUCUCUCUAUUGAAGAAGGAGAUCCCAACAGCUUGUUUCUGCUACCACCAGGUGUCACCACGGGGAGAUCUCUGGAGCUCCUCCAGUUAUCAUUGGGUCUCUUUGGCUGCUUCUCUGACAAGUGUGAUUUACGAUUAGUGGAAUAUGUGGGUCUGAAUCACAGUUUUUAUAUUUUGAUUUGUAAAAAACGUAGAAACCACAUGUCAUUUUCCUUGUGCUUCACAAUUACACACUUCUUUGUGUUGGUCUAUCAUAUGGAAUCCCAAUAAAAUCUACUGAAGUCUGAGGUUGUAAUAGCAAUAAUGUGCACAUGAUACAGAGUGAAAGGGCCAUCUUAAACUUUAGUUUUAGUCUCUGAUUUUUUUUGUUUGUUUGCUAAAUGCAUCAGAGGAGAUGAUCCAGAAAAAGCAGGCUGUAAAAGCUGACAGACCUUGGUGUUGUUAGGUCGCCACCUUGUGGAUAGAAUUUAAAUAGUUGAUGCAUAAACAAGAACAGAUUUACCAACCUGAUGUUAAUUAAUAGGUCAGUAGUUAAUCUGUUAAUGUCAGUUAGUUUCUGAAUGCAUUCAGAAACUAACUGGCAUUAGUUAGUUUUGCUCUUUCUUCUGAGCAUAUGUUAGCAGAAUAUAAAAUGAUUGCCAACAAUUGUUUUUGCUUAUUUAGUAGCUAAAAUUUAGAUUAAUAAAAUAUUAUUUUUUUGCUAAAGCAGUUUGCUGCUCACCAAAAAUUAAACUGCUACUCCAUGAAACUUAAACAAGUCAUGGUUCUUUAGGUAUUUUUUGCUUUGGUUAAAUUAGAAAACCAAUAACUUUAAAUUGACCCAUAUUAACAAUGGAUUUUUGGGGGGGUUAUUUUUGUACUGUGCAUGUGAGUGGGUAAUUUGAUGAUUUUGUGAUUUUUACCAUUUGGUACUUGUUCGGUGCACAUAUUUUUGGUAGGAGAAUGUUUUCCAUUGAACAUAGGUAUGUCUCUUCCUGCCUUGGGAAUGUUUUCUAUGGCUUUAUAAAUAAAGUUAAACUGAUUUGUUUAGAGCUUCUCCGAUCAAUCAGCCGGAAUCUAUCAAACAGUUUUUCCCUUCUUGUUCUUUAGCUCCUCUGUAAAUUUAUUAAAACUAAAAACUUUUUUAAUUUUAUGCCAAAAAAUGCAUUAACCAAUUUAAUGUUUACUCUGCUAAAAUGGUUAGUUACAUAAGAUUUAAUGCAUAAAAAAGGGGGAAAAAAACAGUAAUUCUUUCCUAUUCUGUUUGACUUAAUAUUCUUUCCAUUGUCAAAGAACUUAGCAUAUUUCUUCUCUUUUGUAAUAUAUUAAUAACAUUAAAAUAACAAUAAAAAUAAACUGUACAAAAAUGUUCUGGAAAUUGGCCAAUAAAAGCUUGGCUAGUGAAUCUCCAGAUUUGUAAUUAGUUUGUAAGCAAUUCAUCUGCUUCUGGUUGUGCUUGCUGUUUCAGAUCCUUCUUUCAGUAAAAUCUGCAUUUUAUCACUUUUCAUAAUUUCUUCAAUUUGAACUUCAUUAUAAAAUUUCAAAUGUACUAUUUUAUAUGUUUUUUCAAAAUAAGAUUGUAGUUCUGAGUUAGACGCUGAGAUUAAAUAAAGUUGUAUGGUGGAAAAAAACAGCAGGUAUUUUUGACGUAUGAACUACGCAGCAGAGGGAGGGCGAAAAGAGGACUUCCUGUGUCGCUCGCGGAGGGAUUUGUACAUUCUGGCGUGAUUCGUCUCGUUGAGAUUUUGCCUCAGCUGCGGAGUGAUCCAAACAGUGAGAAGUCAAUGAGAAUCUGCAGCGAGAGGUGGAAACAUGGCGACUUCACAGCAUGAGGGGCACGCAAACCAGCUCGAUCUGCUCAUCAGAGCCGUGGAGGCUUCUGGUUACAGCAAUGUCCACUGCUCUGACAAAACCAUCGAGGCGGCAGAAGCGCUGCUACACAUGGACUCGCCGUCCAGCCUCAGAGAAGACCGCAGCCCAGAAGCUUUUACGCCACAAAGUGAAGCUGCACCAGACUUCCUCCACGCUGCCAUGCGGCCCGACGUGAUUGGAGAAACGGAGGUGGAGAUUACCACCGAGGACUGCUGCGAGGAGGACGAGGAGGAGGACGAAGAGGAGGAGAUGGUCACCUCACUAGAAGAGCCAGAACCCGACAACGAGCCUGUCAGAAAGAAGCGAGCUGGACGGAAAGCGAAGGCGCCCCAGUCGUCCAUUUCUAACGGUACACCAGAUCUAAGCUUCAAGAAGAAACCAAGAGAGGGCAAAGCAGGUAGCACCACUUAUCUAUGGGAGUUCCUGCUGGACCUCCUCCAGGACAAGAACACCUGUCCCAGAUACAUCAAGUGGACCCAGAGGGAGAAGGGCAUCUUUAAGCUAGUCGACUCCAAGGCCGUUUCCAAGCUUUGGGGUAAACACAAGAACAAGCCAGACAUGAACUACGAGACAAUGGGACGGGCGCUCAGAUAUUACUACCAACGAGGAAUCCUCGCCAAGGUGGAGGGUCAGCGGCUGGUUUACCAGUUCAAAGAGAUGCCUAAAAACAUCGUCAUCAUCGACGAGGACAAGGCGGAAAUGUCUUCUCCGGAUGACCUCAUGAGCUCAGAGUCGCAGUCGUCCUACGAUCGCGUGCCUCCGCCUUCAGAGAGGUUGCUGCAUAACGCCGAGCUGUCGUCUCCGAGGAGACCCAACAUCCUGCGGGGCUCCAACAGACCCAUCGUGGUCCAAAAUCCUGCCGCCACAGUGAGCGGACCAGCGGUGAUGGCGGCAGCGCCGAGAAUAGUGACGGUUUCGGCAGCGCCCGACGUGAGCCAGACCAUGAGCCAGAUCCCGAGCGCCACAGCGCCGAGGACGGUUCGAGUGGCGAUGCAGGUGCCGGUUGUAAUGACGUCUUUGGGCCAGAAGAUCUCCACCGUCGCCAUGCAGCAGCCAGCAGGGACGACGGUGGCCCCGGGGCCCACCACCCUGCUCACCAACGCGUCUCCAAUCGCUGCUGCUGCUAAUCCGAAUUCACAACAGAAGGUUGUGAUCCAGACUAUCCCGACAAUGGUCCCAGCCACAGCGGAGAACGGAGACAAGAUCACCGUCCAACUGGCCAAGAUCAUCACCAUCCCAGCCCACCAGUUAACCCAGUGUCAGCUCCAGGCCUCCCCGGGGGCCAACAAACCCAACAUGGCCGCCUCGUCGACGGGCAUCAGCCUCCUGGGAAGCCCCCUGACGGUGCGAGCCCUCGCCCCCGUCAACGUCGCCCCGGGGGCGCAGGUGAUGAGGCUCACCGUGCCGACGCAGACGCAACCGCAGACUCUGAUGGUGUCGCCGCCCGGAAGCGUCGGCUGCGGCCAAGCGGUCGGUCAGGCCGUGGCGACGCAGCCGCGCGUCAUCGGCGGCGUCAUCAACGGUUCGGAUUUGGUGAUUGGCGGCCCGGGCGGGGUUACGGUGGAGAAGCUGAAGGCUGCAGGAGUGCAGGUCCAGACGGUGCAGAUUCCCCUGACAGUCCAGCAGAACCAAGUGAACCCAAAAAUGGUGCAGAACAUCAAAUCAGAAGCCACAGACACUGAGGUGGUUACGAAACUGGAAGCUCCAAGUGCAAUUAAGACAGAGGAGCCGGAGUGUUGAGUUACUAACGUCUGUUCUUUCCUUUCUCACCGCCUGAGAAGUUAGUUUGUACAUUUCUUAAGUUCUUUUUUACUAUAACUUGUAAUAACCAGCAGCAGACUCUUGAAGGACGGUUCUUUGUUUUUGAGUCCUGAACGUGUCUUCACAUCUCUCCCUGGGAACGGCAGCGGAGCCUCUUCAACUGGACCCAAACCGAGAGGUUCAGUAAGGAAAAGGCAACGGGACCAACUUUGAUUACUACACAACGGAUCACAUGCACUGAGUCCCAUUUGAGGAUGAACAUGAAAAUGCAACACUAAACAAAACAAAACAAAAAAAAAAAGUAAAUAAAAGGGAUUACAACCAAAAAUGUAAAUAGAAAAGGAAACAGCGGAGAGUAAAGAAGGUUCUUUUUAAGAGUGUUCAUUUCUACAGAUGUUAAAAACCAGCAUUUUCUUGUAUUUAAAACUGGCAUCACUGUGUGAAGAAAGCGUGAGUGGACGAGAGGAAGGAGAUGUGGGCUCUCGUUAGGAACGAUAUCAGUCAUGUUUGUAUAUAUUUAUAUAACUAUAUAUAUAUAUAUCUUUACAGUUUACGGAGCUAACGGUAACAGACAGCCUUAGGUUUUAAUUUGAAAUGUUUCUUUGCCUGAACAGGAAGCUGUUUGUUUUUUGUUUUGUUUUUUUUUCUUUUGAUACUUUGUACCAUGCACAGUGUUAUUGAAACUCUGAACUGUUGGACUUUUUUUUUUCUUUUUUUCCCCUCUGCCUCGGUUUGGCUGCUGAUGCUGGUGUAGGUUGACACUCGUCCACAGUGUGCUUGCAGUGUGUCCUUCAGCGUCUCUUAAAAAACUCCCCCUGCCCCCAAACCCACAUGUGGAAAAUUGAUUUAUUACGAGUUUUUAAAUUUACUUGUUAGUGCAGAAUGUUCUGCAGGCAGGCUGCAUGCAUAUGCAAUAAAGUAAGAAUGAAUCUGAGCCAAUGCAUGCUGCCACAUCUUUACAGAAAGUCAGCAUUCGUCAUUUCAAUAAUCAUAAAAGGCAUCAAAUUAUGCAAAACGGCUGCAGGGCAUGUACAGCUACAACCACUGUGGAUCCCCCUGAUCACUUUCAUAACAGAGGGUCAAUGUGUCAGUCUGCCGUGUUGGUCCUGCCGCAGCAUUUCAAUAGUUUAGUUUUUCUGAAAAGAGGGAAGAUCGUCAGUGUUCAGACUGAACUGUUUGUAUAUUCAACAUUUGAAGCAUAUUCUAUUUUGUUGUACUCUUGUUUCAAAGUGUAUUAAAGUAGAUUUUACUGAAAUACAAAGA